UUGUGCUGUGGAUUCGGUGUGAACUUAGGCCUUGAAGCAGCAUUGUUAUUUGUAUCAAUUGACAGGAUCUUGCCUUGUAGCUCAUGCUGGCCUCCUCAGCGCUCAGCCUCCUCCAGAGCGCUGGGAUUAUGGGCAGAUCAUUUCUGAGGGGCUGUGAAGAACUUCCUGGGGGACCUGUGGUCACCUGCGCUGUCCUCUCCUGCAGGAUGACUCGGCACGGCAAGAACUGCACGGCGGGGGCCGUCUAUACCUACCACGAGAAGAAGAAGGACACAGCGGCCUCGGGCUAUGGGACCCAGAACAUUCGACUAAGCCGGGAUGCUGUGAAGGACUUCGACUGCUGCUGCCUCUCUCUGCAGCCCUGUCAUGAUCCUGUUGUCACCCCCGAUGGCUACCUGUACGAGCGGGAGGCCAUCCUGGAGUACAUUCUGCACCAGAAGAAGGAGAUUGCCAGGCAGAUGAAGGCCUACGAGAAGGAGCGUGGCGCUCGUCGGGAGGAGCAGAAAAAGCUGCAGCGAGCGGCUGCUCAGGACCAGGUUCGGGGCUUCCUGGAGAAGGAGGCUGCCAUUGUGAGCCGGCCCCUCAACCCUUUCACGCCCAAGGCAGCCUCAGGAUCCAGCACAGAUGAGAGCCAGCCGGGGCCCAGCGCAGCGCCUCCCAGCAAGGACAAGGACAGGGACAAGGACAAGGUGCUGCCCAGCUUCUGGAUCCCGUCUCUGACGCCCGAAGCCAAGGCCACCAAGCUGGAGAAGCCGUCCCGCACCGUCACCUGCCCCAUGUCCGGGAAGCCGCUGCGCAUGUGCGACCUGACCCCUGUGCGCUUCACCCCCCUCGACGACUCUGUGGACCGCGUGGGGCUCAUCACGCGCAGCGAGCGCUACGUGUGCGCCGUGACCCGGGACAGCCUGAGCAACGCCACGCCGUGCGCCGUGCUGCGGCCCUCGGGGGCGGUGGUCACCCUAGAGUGCGUGGAGAGGCUGAUCCGGAAGGACAUGGUGGACCCUGUGAGCGGGGACACGCUCACCGAGCGCGACAUCAUCGUGCUGCAGAGGGGUGGCACCGGCUUCGCAGGCUCGGGAGUGAAGCUGCAGGCGGAGAUGUCCCGGCCAGUGAUGCAGGCCUGAGCGUCUGCCAAUAAACCGUAAUCAGCU